AUGGUUAAGCGGCGGGAUAUAGCCAAGACGAAGAAAACUCCUAUCAAGAAGACUUUGGAGCAGGAGGUUGAUGCGUUAAGGCCGGAGGUGGAUGAGAAGACAUUGGCUAAGUUGAUUCGGUCUAAGCCCAAGACUGUAGCAGGAAGAAAGAUGUUGGCCCUGGAUGAGCCUCAAGUGAAGGAAGGGACGAAGCGAAUGUUACUGUGUAAGGGUACUAACUGUUGUCUUCAAGGACAGAAGUUGCUUCAAGAUUUGUUGAAGAUUAGACAGCCUCAUGCAAUGUAUUUAAGAGAUCGUAAUCAGAGCAAGCUGGUAGCGCCUAUGGUGGACCCUUCAGAUUUUUUGUAUCUUUGCGAGAAGAACCAAGGCAGCAAGUUAUUCGGCAUGUGCUCAACGACUAAGAAGCAUCCAUUGAGGCUUUUUUUAGGUCGAGUAUUUGAUAAGAGUAUAUACGAUAUUUACGAAUUCGACGUGCUAGAAACGAGAGAAUUCCACCCGAAAGGGAUUGUUGCACCAGUUGUUGGUGGCAAGCCCCUUGUGGUCUUUCAGGGUUCUAUGUGGGACCUGAGUGACAACUUGCUGGGUGCUAAAAACUGUCUCGCAGACGUUUUCGGCGGCAUUAAAGCAGAUAGAAUUUUGCUUGAAGGUUUCGAUCGAGCCAUCGUCUGCUCCAUCUAUGAGCGGAAACAGUCCGCUGGUACUUCCACUGGUACCACCGAACCCUGUAUUCGGAUAGAUCAAUUCGCCAUAAAGAUGACAAGGGACUCUGAAAACCCCUCAUUACCGCAUGUUGACUUGGUUAACACGGGUCCCGGUAUGACCCUCAAACUCCUAGGAGCUAGAACCCCCGCCCCAGAAAUGGCUAAAACCGCAUCUAAAAUACCUAGCGAAGAAUUCGUCAAAGGCAAAUCGAGCGUCAAAACAAAUACUAACGAUCUUCUACAAACCCGUCAAGACAUCCACAUUCAAGCAGAACCUCUUAAACUCGUAUAUUUACGUCAUGGCAAGAAUUAA